GACUAUAUAAGACCCAAACUCACAGAUCGAAAGUAUCAGUUGCACAGCAAUAGCAAAAUCAACCGAAUACAACAUGAAAUUGUUCGUUAUCGCCGCUGUCUUGGCCGUUGCUGUCGCUGCUCCGUCCAGCUACAAACCGGCAUACAAGCCACCCACCUACUCCGCACCGGCCUACUCCAAACCAGCCUACUCUGCCCCGGCUUACCCCGCACCUGCCUACUCUGCACCAGCGUACAAAGAUAACAAAUACGCCGACAUCACCAUCACCAGCCAAUCUGAUGAGCGCAACCUCGAUGGCAGCAGCCAAUGGAGCUACGCUGGAUCUGACUACACCACCCGCGAAGAAUCCCAAGUCCAGAAGAAGAUGCAAGGAGUCGCAUACGACUCGUACGGUAAAGCCACCUACGAGGAUGUUAUGGGCAACACCAACAAGGGAUCUUCCUACUGGGUUUCCCCUGAAGGCGAGAAAUUCACUUUGACCUGGUCUGCCGAUGAUGCCGGUUUCCAGCCCAAGGGUGCCCAUUUGCCCGUCGCUCCCGUCCAUGAGUACGAGCUCCCAGUUGCCCCAGUCCAUGAAUACGAACUCCCCGUUGCCCCCGUCCACAUUCCCUUCAACGGAAAGGGCUACAAGAUCUAUUAAGUUAUUGAUAUUGACCUGAUUGCAAAUUUAAUUUAUUCUCAUGUAUUCUCUGCCAUCGACAUUAUUAUGUGUUUGGUUUCGAUAAAUACGUGUAAAUACAAAAACAAAUUAUCAUUUUAA